UUUAUAUCCAACAAAGAGAAAGAUGGCUGUUCUUGUUAUUGCUACCAUCGUGUCUAUAUGUGUUUCAAGUGCCUCUGCUGCUGACUUCAGCCAUACUCUGACACUUCCAGAAUACGUGCAGGAAUGUUUCGACCGGAGUAAAAAUCUUGCACAAGUUGACACUCAGUUAGCGGAAGAGGCUUGUCUUCGAGCACAUUUCAACAAAAUCCUAGAGGCUUCUAUAACGGAUGAGGAUUACAACUUCUUCAAGACCGAGUUUGAAGAUACAAGGUAUGGAUUUCAUGGACCUCCAACAGGAUUUAGACGGAGAUCCGAUAUACGAACGCUAUCACGGCAGGACAGAGAGGCCGUGUUUGAUGUGUUUAGGGUACUUUAUCAGAAUGGAAUCUUGGGUCGAUUUGGAAGGGUGCAUGGUCAAAAUAUCCGGUGGAAGCAUAGAGGAAGGGCUUUCUUACCUUGGCACCGGGUGUUUUUGGCAGCAUUUGAAGAAGAAAUGAGAAAGAUAAAUCCCGACGUAUCUUUGCCUUAUUGGGACUAUACUAUGGACUAUUACAUCCCAUCGCCUGACCAAUCUGUUGUGUGGUCGCAUUGCUUUUUCGGAAAUGGUGAUGGCCCAAUAUCCUCGGGGCCGUUUGCAGGAUGGUUUGGAGGAUAUAACAUUGGAAUUCAGCGAGACAUAGCAAAUGCUGAUAACCAGUGCCCACCAAAACUAAUUCACAAAGCUGACAUCAAAGGACUGAUGGAUUUUUGCAAAUAUCAAGAGAUAACAACAGGAACAGAAGACUAUUUUAGUAACCCUUUUAACUUGGAAGUCCUUCAUGAUGGCGUUCACGACUGGAUUGGGGGUGAUAUGGGAGUCGUUGGGUAUUCUGGGUUCGACCCAGUGUUCUGGAUGCACCAUGCCUUUAUUGAUUAUAUCUGGGAACAGUUUCGACAAAAUCAACAACAGUCUCAUUGCAACAUAGAUCCUGAAACAGAUUACCCAGCUACCAACCUCGCUCAAAACAACCAUUCUGGCCAUGGACCUGCUGAUCCAAUGCAUGCUUUUGAAUACUUGAAAAACAUUGACGGAAUGUGGAACAACUGGACUAAAGAUUACUACUCUUACGAGCCCCAGCCAGAAUGUCCCGAGUGCGGAAACUCACCCUACCUUUUUUGCGACAAAAAUAUCGACAGCAUCAGGUUUCCGAACGGAGUUUGUGUGAGCAAACAAAUAUCCGAUUGUGAAGAGGGCCUAACACCUACACCUAAUCUGAUUACGUUACAGCGUAAGACGUGUAAUGGAAAGUUUGUCCUCGUUGGUUUCCAAGGAGACGGUCGUAAUAGGAAUAACACAGAUGCAGAAAACCGACAAAUCUUGAGUGAUUACAUAGCUGAUGCAUCAGAUCCGAAUCAGAAUACGUGCCCAUGCGAUACAUCUGGUUCCUCACGCGAAUAUAUCGGGAUGAACUACAUUGUUGUUGCUGUAAUUCUCGCCCUCAAAUAGUUCCUUGCUUUUAUGAUAUAUUUUACAAUAUUUAAUUUCCUUUCGCGCUUCUUAACAUUAAUGGAUAUCAUUUUUAAUUGCUUUCAUAGUCCUAUAAAUGCUUCUAUCUCUGAGGACGUUUAAUUCUUUUAAAAUUUGUGUGAUGCCGAUGUAAACCAAGAUGUCAUUAACUGGUCAAACAGCCGAAUUACUUGUUGCGUUCAAUAUUUGAAUAUACAGAUUGUUAAUAAACCUUGGCGUUUGAUCUGAAUGUGAAACAUAUGGCCAGUAAUGAAUAAUCGCGAGUCUAUUAGCUGCCGAGUGUAUGAAUAGCGUGUGAAGAUAUGCAAGAGCGAAACAGAAACAACCAUGGAAUACAAGCCACAUCACCAGGGAUCAACUACGGGUCGGUGAGUUGCCCGUCAGUUUUGAAAGCUACAACGACCUGCCGGUUGCGUUUAUUUGUUACAUUGCUGGUCCAGUAUGCUUAGCGCUAUACUCCAGGUGCGUUGGAUAUUCGCCUUUGGGUUGCUAUAAAAGUAUUCUAACUGAUGAAACUCGGCUGCAUUGGCUAUCUUUUUACUUAAAAUAAUCUAUGUUUAGUUAUUGUUUGUUAUUUGUUUUUCAUUUGAGUGUAUGUUGACUGACAGGGAGGGGCUUAUAUAAAUUUGGUUUUCAAUACUUAUGUGAUAAACUACAUAAACAAGCUCAGUACCAAAACGUUCGGCAAUUGAGUUCAUCAAUCGAUGAAUGCAACAUCUUUGGAUAUGUUCGGAUCGUAA